CUCUCUCCCUUCCUUAACCCUGACUGGUAAUGCAUGGUAGGUGUUGUAUGUGUGUAUAUAUAUAGCCUUAAAAAAAGAAAUGUAUUUAAUUUCCAUUUUCUCCUAUCUCUUUUGUUACUCCAUGUUAGGUUAAUAGUAUGUAUAUUUACUUGGCUUGUUGCUGCUGAACAACUAAGGUGCAGGCAUUGCAGGUACUGCACAGAAAAGUUGCAGCACUGGAAAAGCCAUGAUCAGAUGAUCUUGUCUGGACUGCUACACACAAAAAAGUUCUCUUGUGUUAAAAGAGGGUUCAGAUUCCCCCAACUGAUGGGUCUAUUGAGACUGGACUUCAUCCAAUACUUGAGGCGUGAAGGUAAAAUUAAUGCCCAAAUGUGCUUUUGGUGCUGUGUAUGUAUGUAUGGGAAGAGGAUGGUAGCUAGUCCGAAAAAUUGCAUGGAUGGGUUACGUUGUUUAUCUGCCAUACCUAAGUUUGAUAAUAAUGGUGGGGAUAUACGCGAAAUAUGAUAAGCUUUUACCCUUAACUAACACCUUUGUUUUGCUGUCAUUAUUAACAGUAUUUUUAAAAGAUAAAGUUUUUUAUAUAUUUUAAUUUGUUAAAAUCAAUAUUAAAAGAAACUAUUGAAUUCUUAGAA